UGUCGCCUCGAAAACAUUUUGGCGUCUUUUUGGCCACCUCAGUAAAAAUAAAUGUCUUCAAGAGGAAACUCUCAUAUUUAGAUCCACCUUCUCUUAGGUUUGGCUCUGGAAUCUUGAGACUUUAAGGAUGAACCAGUUCAGGAAUGCACAAUCUUUGUUCUCUGUUCUUGCUUUCAUGAUCGUUUUUAGCUCGGCAAAGAUAUCUGUUGACCAGCGCAGCACAACGUUUACUGACUACAUCGAGGAACUGUCAGAGGAUCUGAGGAUUUCAAAAGAUGAAAACCUCCUCUUUGUAUUUGACAAAGGAUUUCUUCGUCGAAACACCAACACUGACGAUCAGUACAAAAUAAAGUUCACAACCCAUUUUGAUACCUCGGCCAUUGACAUCGAGAACACGUUAAAACUUCACCUGGCCUUUCUUAGACUUCCCACAAAAGAUAACGUUAUCUUCGCUUUUGACGUCCUUGACGAGGACGGAGUUAGACUGGCUUACAACACACAAGAUUUGCUUGUAAACACAACAAAGACGAUAGAACUUUAUGACGUAUCAAGGCUUUUGGAUCAGUGGAAGGAACAAAGACGCCUUCGUAAAGUGAAAGUUGAGUUCAUCAUCACAAACACCUCGCGGAAAGAAUUAAAAAAUUUUGAAGAGUGGUGGAAAAAUGGACCCGUUUUCCUCGUGGCCUAUUUCAAGAGUAUUUCAACAACGUUUACAAGAUCUAUCUCCACUGGUAAUAAGCCAAAGAGACGCUAUGGCAAACUCCGCAGUGGUCAGUACCCGACAGAAUGUCGACUUCAUAGCUUCAGAACCUCCUUUGCACGAUUGGGCCUGUCCAACGUGUAUGUUCGACCUAAAGGCCUUAUCAACUUCUCUUUGUGUUAUGGCCGAUGUGAUGUAGCUGACAGCAUGAGCUCCUCUGCGAAACACAUCACACCACAUGCGUUCGUCUUGGAGCUCGCCAAACGGAGACGUGUGUUUUCGUCCCCAGGAGUUCGUGCGAAUCUCGUGCAGAGUAAAUGCGUUCCGACCAAAUAUCAAGGACUUGGUGUUUUAAAAAGAGAAGCCAAUGGCAACUUGGUGAGAAAGACUAUUUUUGACUUGACUGCAAGUGCUUGUGGUUGUCGCUAAAUGCCUCGACAUGAUUCACAGAUAACGAAAACUCGGGUUCGCCCACAGUCAAAGCCAAAAGCCAAUUUUCAGAUAGUACUUUUUACAGUACAUACCUUUAAAGAUGCUUUCUGCUACUUUUAUAUCUUUUAAGACUUUUUUCACCUGUGCUACAUAUUUUGUCAUUCAGAUUUGCUCAUUAUAUUGUUAAAAGUAUCUAAAAUAAUUUUGCUUCUUCACUUUCUUUGUUAGGGCUUUCCUAACGUUAAAAGUUUGCACACUGUCUGCUGAAGUGAAAAAGUAGUUCACUAGCUCUGAUACUUAAUAAAGCUAUUCAAAGUUUCA